GGCGCAUCAACCGCCACCGAAAGGACGGCUUUACCAUGAACCAUCCGGGAACAUCUCGACCAUGAGCACUUCAAAGCACCCCAGAAUCCGCUGAAGACGACCCUCUCUAAUGAUGGUAAAGUUUUCGGAAGCAUUAACUACGGAGUAGUGGUCUUUGACCUGUCCCACAUUCCGACCACUUCAGAAACUACGGAAGAUGCUUUACUAGCAAUCUUCAACAAAUUUACGCCAGCAGCCAUCCGUGGCCACAGACAGGUUGGCCCGCAAGAAAAUGCCAUCAAGAUCCUUUUUGACCCGAGUGUUGCCACCAUUCAGCGCAAAAUUCUUCGUAAAACUGAGAAACAUGCGUCUCUUCCCCAGUGAAGAAGGCAUUGUAAGAGUUCUCAGCCAAAGCAUGGCCGUAAGGUCAAGAAUGUCUCGGUAUUCAAAAAGCCCGUAGGCCACGGCAAAUACCACUCUUAUAACGGAGAGGGGUUCAUCCUUCUGGACACCACCCAGACGAAUGAUUCCUCAUACAUCGAAUUAAA